UGCAGAAAUUGGCCCUGCCGAGAAGGUCAAUAUGGGUGCUCCGAGUCCUGGAGGCUGGACAUUCUUGAAAAGGCUGAGAGAAGUGGCAUAAGUUUUGGCAUGGGCACGAAUGCUUAAACGAUGUUGAACGGGCGUAAAGUGGGUGGCUUCUGCACCCUGAUCCGUAAGAUGCAGCUCAGGGCUUGAUAAGAGCUCCGGCUUGAUUGCACAGCUCAGGGCUUGAUCACACUGCUUCUUGCCUUUGCUGUCCGCACUGCAUGAAGACAAGCAAUCGGUGCCCCAUAAAUUGCCGUACAGUGAAGUUGGAAGCAGCAGCUGGGACCAGCUAUUUCCCCCUUUGAAGGGAUCCCCUCAGAUUAUCAUGGGUUUCUGGGUGUGCUGACGUAUUCAAGGAGUCGUUGGGCGGGGUUGUCAGACAUGGCAGAGGGGUCCAAAAAGUCCCCUGUGAAACUUGAGAAUGUCAGCUUUUCUGCAGAGGACGGCUGGCCUCUGAAAGGCACGUUGUUUUGGCCCUGGGCUCAGAUGAAACCAGCAGCGAGCACCACCACACCGCGAGGGGUGCUUAUCAGUUCAGCUACAGGUGUUGGCCGCUCCUUCUACUCCCGCUUUGCAUCGUUUGUUGCUCAAGAGACCGGCUGGCCUGUCUUGAUGUAUGACUACAGAGGCAAUGAGGGGGUCUUACCUGAGGCAAAAAGGAAGAAACUGCCUGAACACCCGCUUGUGGACGUCAAUGCUGACAUGAGCGACUGGGCACUUCUUGACCAGCCAGCAGCCCUGUCUUACCUGCUGGCUUACCUCCGCGACUCUGCUGUGGAAGAGGAGACGGCUGUUUCAGGCGCCGUUUUAAAACCUGAAGUCGUCAUUGUCGCACACUCCGUGGGAGGCCAUAUCGCCCCGCUUUUGCCCCCCCAUCUGGCUGCCGCCGUGCCACGUGUCCUAUUCAUUUCUGUAAAUAGCGCCUACUAUCGACAUCACCAGGUCAAGUCCCAGCUUGCGACGUAUGCCUACCUGAAAGUUGCACUGCCGAUCCUCAUAUCCAUGCACGGUUAUGCGCCGACCCAGAAGCUGGGCCUCAUGUUCGGGGAGCUGCCGUCGGGCGUGAUGGAGCAAUGGCUGCGGUGGGUGGGUCAUCCCGACUACUGCUUCAGCGAACGGGAGCUGCGCACCGUUGGGGAGGCUUGGCGCGGGAACGUUCUCGGCAUCUCGUUCGCUGACGACGAAAUCGCCAAGCCGUCCGCGUUUCCGGGGUUUACCGAUCUGUUGAAAAGCGCCCGGGUUGUGAACCUACAUCUGAAGCCGUCGGAUGUUGGUCUCGACGGCAAAGUAGGGCACGUCGGGUUUUUCUUUAGCCGGGCGAAAGAGGCGCUCUGGCGGCCAGCGCUGGAGUUCAUCAAGAAGGGGCGGGUGCCUUCGAGCUUGCAGCAGCGAAGUGCGGUUCCUCUGCAAGCCUCAAGACUCUAGUACGUAAGCGCGGCUUGCUGGGUGAGACUUGUAUCAUGGAACAUUGAACAUUGUAGAAAAUUUGAUGCGUGUUUGCUUGCACAUGUAUAGACGUGUCUGCCGUCAAAGAAAGGGACGUGUGGACCUUGCAGAAGAUAUACAACCCUGAUCUGAUUAGCUUAUAGGAAGGCCUGCUCGAAGUUGAUGACCUAGCUUGAGUCCGAGCGCUAGCUGCAUGCCUCUGAGUACGAUACUAGCCGAGUCGGGACCCAUUGAAAAUUAAAGCUAGCACAUGUACUGCAUUCAACCGCGCAGCCCUGAUUCUCCUCAUGUUUAGAUACGUGCAGACC